AUGGGAUGUGGGGCAAGCCAUAAGUACGAGGUAAGUACUUUGUCUGGCAUAGAGGAUGAGAAGCCAAAACGAGAAGGUCUGUCAGAGAGCAGUAAGUCUCAGGGCAGCGACCAUCAUCCACCAGGAACGUCUGAUGGAGACAAGCCUGCGAAGUAUCGGCCAGAUCCCGAUGUGGAUGGAGUGGAGGUUACUUCAGUUGAAGGUGACAACGAGCUGGCGAAAGCGGUUGCGGCAGCCAACGACGAAAAACUUCUCAUGAAGUACGCGCAGUCCUCUGCUGAAGGCAAGCGGCGUUCUGGCUCCGCGAGACGUGUUUUUGCACCUUCAAAUGGCCCUCUAUCAGGGGAGCCUCUGCAAAUCAGCAGAGCGUCUCCUGAGCCUGAAGCUGGAGAAUUCGUUCUGGCAAACAACAGAGUAGGAGGCCUACGUUUGCAGCAUCACCUUGCUGAUCGUGACAGUCCCGGACACCUCAAGGGUGCUGGCAUGGCGCGCGAGGCGAAUGACAUGAGCAGACCUUUGGCACGUGCACAUUAG